AUGCCCGUUGAGCUUCGCAAGCGCAAGGCCCCGCCUCCGCCUCCUGCGCCGGUGAAGAAGCAGGCCACCAAGGCCACCAAGGCCGCUGCCAAGGCCAAGGCUCAAGUUGAGGACGCCGCCUCCAAGGCUGCCGAAAUCGCUUCCAAUGCCGCUGAGGUCACCACCGAGACCGCCACCGCCGCUGCCCAGGCGGCUGCCGAGGCCGUUGCCAACGGCGCUUCGAAGGCGGCUACGGCUCUGGCCGGAAACCCCAAGGUCGGCGACCUCAUUGACCUGGACAACUUUGGCGGUGAGGUUGAGACCAAUGACGGCACCAAGACCAGCUUGAAGAAGCUCGUUGAGGAGAGCAAGGCUGGUGUGGUGCUGUUUACUUAUCCCAAGGCUUCUACUCCUGGCUGCACGCGACAAGUCUGCCUCUUCCGCGACUCGUACAGCACCCUCUCUUCCGCCACCGGCCUCUCCAUCUACGGCCUCUCCUCUGACUCUCCCAAAGCCAACACCACCUUCAAGGAGAAGCAGAAGCUUCCCUACCCGUUGCUGUGCGACCCCUCUUAUGCUUUGAUUGGCGCCAUCGGCCUGAAGAAGGCCCCCAAGGGUACCACCCGCGGCGUCUUUGUCGUGGACAAGUCUGGCAAGGUCCUGGCUGCUGAGCCCGGUGGGCCCGAGGCGACGGUCAAGGUGGUGGAGAGGGUGGUGAGCGAGAUGGGAGAGGAAGGCCAAAUUCGGAAGGAGGAGGCCGAAAAGGCCGAGGAGGUUGUCAAGGAGGAGGGGGAGAAGGUUAAGGGUAAGGAUGAGAAGGCUGAGAAGGCUGAGAAGGCCGAUGAGGAGGACGACAAGGAGGAAAAGGAAGAUGAGAAGAAGGAAGAGAAGGAGGACGACAAGGAGGAGAAAGAAGGUGAGGAGAAGGAGGUCGUCAAGGAGAAGGAGAAUGAGGAUGAGGCCAAGGAGGCCGCUAUGGACAAGGCCGAGGCAAAGGCCAAGGAAAGUGAGGAGAAGAAGGAUAAGGACGAGGACAAGACCGAGGAGAAGAAGGCGGAAAAGAAGGAUGCCGCUACCGAGGAGAAGUCCGAUGACAAGACUGAGGAGAAGACGGAGGAGGAUACAACAAACGGCGAGAAGAAGGACGCUGAGGAGAAGACCGAGGAUAAGAAGGAGGAAAGUGACAAGGCUACUGAGGACAAGAAGGAGGACGAAAAGUCAGAAGAGAAGAAGGACGAUAAGAAGGAAGAUACCGAGAUGAAGGACGCAUAA